CCUCCCGCACCUCCUGCAGUGCCUUGGGUCCUGUGUCCGGAAUACCUCCCGGAAACGCAGAUGAAAAGGACGACCCACCCAAUGAACUAAUUUUUCUUUCUUAUAAACAAACUUUAACGGAUUAUGAUAUGCUUGCCACGUUCUGAUUCAUCCCCUCUCAUUGACUGAUUCGAGACUUCACAGAAAUGGCGACGAACGAGGCAGCUUCGCCCUCAAGCGAAUCAAAAGUUCCUCUGCUAGAAGAUGUACAAGAGGAUCAUCAGGAUCUCACACGAAGGGCUUGGAUUGAAUCAAAGAAGCUCUGGCAUAUUGUGGGUCCUGCAAUCUUCAGCCGUAUAGCUUCUUAUGCCAUAUUAGUGAUCACCCAAGCCUUCGCCGGCCAUCUCGGCGACCUUGAACUCGCCGCUAUUUCCAUCGUCAGCAAUGUCAUCCUUGGAUUCGAUAUCGGCCUCAUGCUGGGUAUGGCGAGCGCCUUGGAGACACUAUGCGGGCAGGCCUUUGGGGCGAAGAAAUACUACAUGAUGGGGGUUUACCUUCAACGUUCAUGGAUUGUUCUGUCAAUGUGUUGUGUUCUGCUUUUGCCUAUGCUUCUUUUUGCCUCACCAAUCUUGAAGCUUUUGGGUCAGCCUUCGGAUUUAGCAGAGCUAUCGGGAGUUGUAGCCUUGUGGAUGAUACCACUUCACUUCAGCUUCGCGUUUCAAUUCCCUCUUUGGAGGUUCUUGCAAUGCCAACUCAAGCCUGGAGUGAUUGCUUGGGUUUCUUUAUUGGCACUGGUUGUGCACGUUCUUGUGAGUUGGUUGGUCGUGUACAGGUUUCAAGCUGGAGUGAUUGGCACAGCCGCCACCAUGAAUAUAUCUUGGUGGGUUUUGGAUCUAGGGCUUAUGUUUUACUGUGUUUGUGGAGGUUGUCCUCUCACAUGGUCUGGUUUCUCCAUGGAAGCUUUUUCUGGUUUAUGGGAAUUCGUCAAGCUAUCUGCUGCUUCUGGUGUCAUGCUCUGCUUGGAGAACUGGUACUACAGAAUCCUGAUAUUGAUGACCGGGAAUCUGGAUAAUGCCAAGAUUGCAGUGGAUGCCUUGUCCAUAUGCAUGGCAAUAAAUGGAUGGGAGAUGAUGAUUCCUCUUUCAUUCUUUGCCGCGACUGGAGUGCGAGUGGCAAAUGAGCUGGGAGCUGGGAAUGGAAAAGGAGCCAAGUUUGCAACAAUGGUGUCGGUGGUGACGUCAACCAUAAUAGGCGUGGUGAUAUGUGUCUUCAUCAUGAUUUUUCACAAUCAAAUUGGCUAUUUAUUCUCUCCAAGUAAACCAGUGCUUGAACAAGUCAACAAGCUGUCUCUUCUGUUGGUUUUCACAAUACUUCUCAACAGUGUUCAACCAGUUCUCUCAGGGGUAGCUGUGGGGUCAGGGUGGCAAUCCUACGUGGCAUACAUAAACCUGGGUUGCUACUAUGUUAUUGGUUUGCCUCUUGGAAUUUUGAUGGGCUGGGUCUUCCAUCAAGGAGUCAUGGGAAUCUGGGCAGGCAUGAUUUUUGGGGGAACAGCAACUCAAACCUUAAUAUUGGCCCUCAUCACCAUUCGUUGCAAUUGGGACACAGAGGCUGAGAAAGCAAACUUGCACCUCAGGAAGCUGGAAGAUCAAAUCUGAAAAGAAUGGGCUUCGUCUUUGCAUUACGUUGUUUGGACUCAUUAAUGGGCAUCUUAUCAGUCUGGAUUGUCACGCAAGGAGCAGUCUAACUUAUGUAUAUAAAAAAUUAAAUUAUAAAGUCCAAGGACAUUUAUCUGUAUGCAUACUGUCGAAGAAAGUCAGGUCAUGACAAAGAUGGGCCUGAGGUCCAGCCAAUCUGGUUUGAGGAGACUGUUUGGGCUUAUGAUAAUGGAAGGCUCGAGCCCAACAACAUAUUACUGCCAAUAAAAGAAGCAUUUACGAUUCGAGCUUAUAGUUUGUGUUUUCUCAUGUAAAUUUGGUGAUCCGAUCUUAUUAUUUACCAGGUUAUAAUCAUAAUCAUUUCGAAGUGGAA